UAACUUUAAAUAAGUUGGAGUAUCGAUUCGAACAGAUGUGCGAGUGUUAAAUUUUUUUUCUUCAAGUGAAAUUAAUUUAGAAAAAAAGAAAACAAAAUAUAUAAAAUGAGUGCAGAAAAAAUCGUCGAUUUUUUAACUCUUGAUAAUUGUACGCAGGAGUUGAUAAAGGAGAGUAUAAAAGUUCGCGAGAUGGCUUAUGCGCCUUAUAGUAAAUUCAAAGUUGGAGCAGCACUACGUUGUGAGGAUGGAUCAAUAGCGACUGGUUGCAAUGUAGAAAAUGCUGCCUAUUCAUUGGCAAUUUGUGCUGAACGUGUUGCAAUGGGAAAGGCAAUAUCCGAGGGGAAGCGAAAAUUCACAGCAAUUUCAAUUGCUGCUGACAAAAUUCAUGGUACAAAAAAUACAUCACCAUGUGGCAUGUGCCGGCAAAUGAUGGUUGAAUUUGGUGACAUGCCGGUUUAUCUAACAUCGCCCGAUAUGAUGACCAUUCAAUCCACAUCUGUCGUGGAACUAUUGCCAUUUUCCUUUGGCUUUGAAAAUAUCAAAAAUGGUAUUCAAUUUCCAUUUAAUCACAAUAAUUGAAUAAAUUAAUCUCAUUUCUCACUAAUUUUUAUAUUUUUAUGAACAGAAACGAAAUUAUGAAAAAUAC